UCCAAACACACGAUCUUCAUCAUUGGUGCUUUCAUUAAGAGGUGUUAGAUCGUGUGUUUUUCUUCUACCCCAUUCCCUUUCUUUUCCCUCUUUAUUUUUCGUCCCCCUUAAAAAAAAUAAAACUAAAAAUAGAAAAAAAUUAUAUAUCAUCAUCCUCAAGACGAGUCCACAAAGUAAGGAGCGAAGACAACAGAAGAAAACAAUGGCCAACAAGGAGAUGAAGGACAAGAUCGAUAAUCUUGACAUCCAAGUGCGAAGCAUGAGCGAGGCCAUGGAGCGACGGCUCGGAUCGCUCGACAAGGGCCAAGGCAACACCAACGCUGCCGUGGCACGACUCGAGCAACGGCUGGAUGAGAUCUUGCGUGGGCUUCAACUGCAGCGACGAGGGCGCGAUGAACGCUCGCCAUCACCAAGGCGCCAGGAACGGCGCGCGCGCGAGCGGCGCAAAGAGGAACGGCGAGGUGGAGAGUUCGAGCGAGAGGACGAUUACGAUCAACGGUACCAGGCCAUGCGUCCCGGCGAGAAAGAGGGUUGUACCUGGGAUAGGCUCAAGGAGCUAAUCCGCGAGAAGUACUACCCCACUUAUUACCGAGCAGAGAUGGAGCGUCAGUUCCUGUCGCUCCAGCAGGGUACUCGUUCUGUUGACGAGUACGAGAGGGAGUUUACCAGACUUGCAGCUUUUGUUCCGGACCUGGUUCGUACGGAAGCACAAAGGGCACAACGCUUCAUUGACCGGCUUUACCCAGCAGUCCGUCACAACAUUGUAGGUCACGGGACCCAGACCUAUGCUCGUGCCGUUUCGAUUGCCCAGGAGGUGGACGCCAGCAUUCGGAGGGAGGCCAGCCGCGAUCGUUCUCAGCCAUCCGCCCCCGCCCAGUCAUCCACAGCUCCACCAGCCCUACCAGCUGCCCAGCCGACGAGGGACAAUAAGAGGAAGGGAAAGGUAGUCAAGCAACUCACACCCGAGGAGAUCAAACGCCAACACGAGAAAGGUCUUUGUUUCAGGUGCGAGGAAAAAUUUAUGCCAGGGCACCGAUGCAAGCAAGCUUUUGUUAUAGAGGUCGUCAACUCCGACAAUAAAGAAGCUGAAGUCGAGGAAGAGCCGGAACCAAUGGACGACAUUGAAGCAUUUGAUGAGGAGGCUGAGAUCUCGAUGCACGCAGUGGCUGGGAUCAGAGGGCCAAGGACGAUGAGGCUACCAGCUUGGGUCAAGGACCAACGAGUGAUCGUACUCGUAGACAACGGGUCAUCACACAACUUCAUCAAUGCCGACUUGUCCCAGAAGCUGAAUCUGCCAACCACGAGGAUUGAGCCCUUUGAAGUUCGAGUAGCCAACGGUGAGAGGCUUCAAUGCACCGAGUCCUUUUGUAAGGUACCUAUCAUGUUCCAAGGAGUUGUUGUGGAAGCCGAUCCUUAUGCCCUACCCUUGGUUGGACCGGACGUGGUUUUAGGAGUACAAUGGCUGGAAGGACUUAGAAGGGUGACCACAGACUACCGCACCAGAGUCAUGGAGUUUAAAUCUGGAGGCAAGCGGGUCACUCUCAAGGCUGGAGAGGAAAAGAUUACUAAGGAAGUUGGAUUAAAGA